CUGCUGUCCGUAAGUGACCGUACUGAUAAGAAUAGGAAUAAUGAACGUACGCCUGUAACAUCCUUUAAGUGCUUAACUGCCUUGCCACCUGAACAAUGCACAAGGACUGAGAUACUGUCAGGUGGCCCAAGUCUAGACAGUCGAGAUGCUGAAGUUGGGUUCGAACCACGAACCUCCCGGUCGCUGGUUAUGUCCCAACAGGCUGCCUCCAGGGACACUUUUGCAGAAGGCCAAACGUUCGAAAAAUCGCCGUGGCCCGCGCAGGAAGGUCGGAUACGCUACCGAGAUCACACCGUUUGGUUCUCGCGUGUUGGACACGAGACGCACAGACAACGGGGACCACCUAGUGCAGACAACUAC